AUUUAUCUCUCUCUCAUCCUGGCCAUUGCUCUGUCUUUUUUUAGCAUGACCGAAUAAAUCGAACGAAGAAAACUGCAGAAAAUUCCAGAAUAUACAAUUUACAUCACUUCGCCUCGUGUCUAGUCUUUGUGCGUUGUACGUGAUAGUUCACGUUUAACGGGUCUACAGUGUGGAUCAAAGUUUUACUAGAAAAUACUUACCAAAGAUUAGCGCUCGUCGUUGAAGGUUGAAGUCUGCAGUAUUGAUUAAUUUGCCAGAGAAUAAGCAAACAGUAUUAUGGUAAAGGAAACCAAAUUUUACGACAUCUUGGGCGUCAAGCCCGGAUGUUCCAACGAUGAUUUGAAGAAAGCUUAUAGAAAACUAGCACUGAAAUACCACCCCGAUAAAAAUCCGAAUGAAGGAGAAAAGUUCAAACAAAUCUCGCAAGCCUACGAAGUCCUCUCCGAUCCAGAGAAGAAAAAAAUUUAUGACCAAGGGGGUGAACAGGCCCUCAAAGAGGGUGGCUCUGGCGGCGGAUUCUCCAGUCCGAUGGACCUGUUUGAUAUGUUCUUCAGCGGCGGAUUCGGGGGUCCCAGGGCGAGGAGGAGGGAAAGAAGGGGCAAGGACGUGGUUCAUCAGCUGACCGUGACUCUCGAAGAACUUUACAAAGGGGCCGUUAGGAAAUUAGCUUUACAAAAGAACAUUAUUUGUGAUAAAUGCGAAGGCCGUGGAGGAAAGAAGGGGGCUGUAGAGCAGUGCCCCACUUGCAGAGGUAGCGGCAUGCAGGUGCAGGUUCAGCAGUUAGGGCCAGGUAUGCUGCAACAAAUCCAGAGCGUUUGCUCCGAUUGUCGAGGUCAGGGAGAAAGGAUCAACCCGAAAGAUCGUUGCAAGCAGUGCUUGGGUAAGAAGGUAGUUCGAGAUCGAAAGGUACUCGAAGUUCACAUAGACAAGGGCAUGACCGAUGGUCAGAAAAUCAUAUUCAACGGCGAAGGUGACCAGGAACCUGAACUGGAAGCGGGUGAUAUUAUAAUUGUGUUGGACGAAAAGGAACAUCCUCUCUAUAAGCGAUCUGGAAACGAUCUGAUCUUGAGGAUGGAGAUCCAGCUGGUGGAGGCUUUGUGUGGCUUCCAGAAAUUGAUCAAGACCCUGGAUGAUCGAGAUCUUGUGAUAACCAAUCUGCCGGGAGAGGUCAUUAAACACGGGGAUGUGAAAUGCAUCAUGAACGAAGGUAUGCCGCAGUACAAGAACCCCUUCGAAAAGGGACGUCUGAUUGUCCAGUUCUGGGUGCAGUUCCCCAAAACUCUACCCCCAGAAAUAAUCCCGGCUCUGGAAAAUGCCCUACCCCCGCGACAGGAAUUCAUGAUCCCUGAUCAUGCCGAAGAAGUGGAACUCGUCGACUUUGAUCCCGAGCAGGAGGCACGCAAGCGCCAGCACAGGAAUGCUUAUGAGGAAGACGACGAAAUGCACGGACCUGGACAGAGAGUGCAGUGCGCUACUAACUAAAAAUCACCCAUCUCAUUCGUGUUUGGGCAUCACUGUUUUCGAAGGUUGUAUACUUGGAAGAACUGGCGUUGAUUAGUGCCGGAUCAGAAAAGAGGGGGGUAACGUUGUUGCUAAUCUACUUUGGCCCAGUGUGGUAUUUUGUAAUGCGUGGCAAAAUAUUCUCCCUAGUUUUUAGGUUGUUUUUCUAUGUGUACGAUCUUCGAAGCCUCUAUUAUUCCAAGGGUAUUUAUUAUACUUCUAGCACUCCUUUUAAAAUAAAUUUAGAAUAAAUGGGACUUUAGUUAAUUAAAUUGAUCAUUGAAUUUUCAUAUUGGGUAUACUAUAAUAAUUUAUUCAAGUGUCUGUGUAAUUGCGAUGUGACCUAGAUUUACGAAUUAGUCUAUACACUAAUUGAGGUCUACUGCCUGAUAAUUGUUGAGUACAGUUAUUUUUAAGAAGGCAUGAUUUUUUUUUCUAUCAACAGCAAAUUUUGUAGUAUAUGUCUAGACGAACCUCCGAAGAAUUAUGUUUGCUGCACGUUGGACAGACAAACGAAUCUUGGGAGGUUGGCCUGUUACUGUACAAAGCCCCGAAUGAGAAAGUUUCAGUUGAAAUUUAGGAUCUCACAUUUUACUGGUACUUUUUUUUGAGUUCAAUAAAUUGUAUCAUUGAG